AUGGCACCGUCGGAGCAUCUGCAGCCAGAAGAGCAAGCAUGGCAAGCUAUCUUCGAUCGGCUUUGCGAGCGAUUCCCCGAUACAGGAGCAGCCAAAGUGGCUGCCAUCCUCCGAGAAAACAAUGGCCACGCAGGUCAGGCUGCAGCUGCCAUUCGGGAGCAGCAGCAGAUUCCCUCCGCCUGGCGCGAAAACCCCAAGCUGGUCACUACAGCUCUCUCCGGUCUGGUCAAGAAAACUGCCUGGCCUCAGGUGCUGGAGCUCGUGACGAGAUUAGAAGAGGUCGAGCUGAAGCCGGAUUCGAUACAUUUCAACACAGCAAUAGCAGCAGUAGCAAGGGCUGGCCACUGGACCAUGGCUUUCGAGAUGUUGAAGGCCAUGUUGGAGAGGGGCCUGCAACUAGAUGCUUUUUCGUAUUGCUCCACCAUCAGCGCAUGCGAGAAAGCAAGCGUUUGGAUCAUGGCCCUCGGUGUCCUGAAAGAGAUGAUAGAGUCCAAUCUUGGCCGAAGUACGAUUGCCUUCAGCUCUUCCAUCAGUGCUUGUGAGAAAAGCAACUGCUGGGAAGCGGCACUGCAACUCCUGGCAGCCAUGGCUUGCGACACAGUGCAGCGUAACACUAUUACUUUUAAUUCUGCGAUCACCGCAUGCAGCAGGGCACAGCGGUGGCAACUUGUCACGCAGCUGUUGCUGGACAUGUCUAAAGACCAGCUGCAACGGGACACAAUCACAUACAGUGCUGUUAUCAGUGCCUGCGAGAAAGCGAAACAGUGGCUGCUGGCCAUGGACUUUUUCCAGAAAAUGGAAGUUGCUCAGAUCCGCAAGAACACAGUGACGGUGAAUGCAAUGCUAAGUGCUUGUGGGAAAGGUUCCGCUUGGGGUAUUGCGCUGCAGAUCCUGCAGGAGAUGACGGUGCCGGCAACCCACAUUACGUACGCGAGCAUUCUCAGCACUUGUGGGCAGCAAGCCAAAUGGGAGCACACCCUCGCUAUGAUCAAGACAAUGGCUAGGUCGUGUUUCAUGGCAAACGGAGUGGAGGCAGGCUCCGCCAUAGCUGCUCUGCAAGGCGAAUUGGGAUUCGAGCGUGCUGCUGAUCUGCUCAAAGCUCUUCGAGGCGCAGAGCACUCCACUCGUGCUUACUUCGGCUCUAGCGGAUGGCAAGACAUUUUUGGAUGUGCUCGUCAUGGUGCCGAUUUCGGGCCAAUUGCCGAGAUGAGCGAAUACCGAGAAGACUUCGCAGCAAUGAGGAGCAGGCUGCCUAGACUGCCUUCAUUAACGCUGCUGUACCAGUCCGAUGGCCUCGUCGCUGUCUCCAAACCUGCCGGCUUCUCCACAGAAGAUGUACUCCGCUUCCUGUCUGCGAAGCUGAAGACCAGGAUAACACAAGUCUCCCGCUUGGACCGGCCCACAUCUGGCGUGCUGCUUGCAGCAGUUGGCAGCACAACUAGCCUCCAAGCAUGGUGGCUCUUGGCACAGUUUGCGGGGCGCCUCAUAUCCAAAAGCUACUUGUGUUUGUGCAUUGGUCUAGCACCAGCCGGAGCAGAAAGGGAAGUUUCAAGCCCACUGCUGACCACUCACUCUAAAUCUGCUGGAAACGGAUACAGCUGGACAGAGGUAUCUUCAGCCGGUCUGCCAUCAACGACUCGCUACAAGGUUUUGGCCACGUUCACAAGGCAGCAUCUGCUCGAAGAAGGUGUGGCCUGUGACUGGAAGGAGCAUGACGUUUACUGGGGCACGUUUGCACAGAACGCUGUUGCAGCGAGCAACGCCUCCGGGGAAGGCGGAAAGUCAAAGCGCAUUCGACAUUUGCGGUGGCUGGAUGCGGUCUGGACGAAGAGCCCCUCCGCGUCCGUGCUGACCUGCCUCUGCCACUGCGCCGAGCCCUUGAAAGUUUGUCAAUUCGCAGUGGCGCUGUGCCAGCUGAAGUUUGGAGCGAAAAUGGACCUUGGUGGCACUGGCAAGCGAGAGGUUGAUCCUGAUGACCAGGAGCACGUGAAGACACUCCUUACGAGUCCCGUCAUGUUUGCCGCGGUGUGCAAGGAGAAUUUUCGGAAAUUCGACGCCAAUGGUGACGGAGUGCUGAGCUGGUCGGAGGUUUUGCCCCUCGUGAACAGCCUUUACGAGAGUUUCGGCUUGCAGCCGCCACGCGAGGGCAACCUGCGCUCAUUUUUUGAUGCCACAGACCUGAACAAGGACGGCGUUCUGUCAGAGAAGGAGUUCAAGAAGUUCUUCGAGUGUUUUCUGCGCUAUGCAUUCUUUGAUGUUGUGCAGAAGGAUUCUGCAAACAACAAAGCACAAGGUGUCACGCACCAGCCUCUGACAUCCAAGCAGAAGGGUGAGGCGGUCGACAUCUUAGGAUGUGAAUGUCUGGCACUCAGGGAAGCAAAGGGGAUGCCGAAUGCAGACCUCCUGAAGGUCCUGAGAUUCCUGAAGUCGAUGAAGUGCUCCAACUCCCGUACGCAAGGAGAAGCCCCGAAUUCAACGACAGACUGGACAGCAGCGUUGGGGCAGGGGAAGUGGCUUGCAGCUCAAGCACUGCCAGCUGUCAUCAAGAAGCUUGCAUGGGCUACACCUCCGCAAAUCACAACUCAGGUGAAGGUACUUGAACAGUGGGUGAAAACCGACAGAGGCGCAGAGUUGUGUGCUUUGUCGAGUUGCUGCGCUGACUCCUGGCCGCAGGUUGGCUUCCAUUGCAUGACGCACGUGGCAAACCCCUUCUGCAGCCCGUGGUGGCUGAGCUCAAAGCAUCCGAGUGUAACCAUUCGAAGGAUUCCAUGGUGGUUUGUCACUGCAAGGAGGACCCUGAAGCUGCUCGGCGCGUCCCAGCAGGUCGGACACUGCCGUGAGUCGUCUCAAAAUCUUCUGGCUCCUGUCUGGACGAUACGAGGAGCUGCUGGGCCGGCUUUCACAGCCUGCAGGCCAAGCCCCCGGCACGACAUGAUGACCCGCUGGUUCUGGCUCAUCCAGACCAUGUUUCUUUGUGCAGAGGCGCGAGAAGAAGCCGAAAGAGGCCGAGUCCACGAAGCACUAACUGCAGCACUGCAAAGCGUAGCACGCAACCUUGGUGUUCUUGCGAGGCCGAUGCCUCGCAACCUGAUGGCCGACGCCUUGGUUCUGCCAAGUCGUUGGCGUUCUUCUGGAUGCUUGCAGCUAGGGCCCACUGGGUUCACUGGCACGACCAGUCGGCCAUAG